UUGCCCUUUCCUGUUGGACGUGUGCUAGUCUCGAGACACCGCUUUCGUCUCGACCGGCCGCUCCAAACAAACCAUCUUCUCUCCACUCUGACACACCUCUACCACCCAUCUCCCUGAUUCUGUUGCCACGUUACUGUGGUUUCACACAUUGUGCUUGGCGUUAGAAGCUGUCUGCAGUGCCAAAGAUCAGACAUGGAUUCCGUCACAGUGCCCAUCCGACAGACCAGUCCCAAACGGAAGAGAAUCAGCAAAGCCAGCGAGGAGAACGACAAACCGGAAUCGGAACCUGGUGUGUACGAGCGACGCCUCGAGUUCGUUCCUGUUCAGACAUCUGCUUUGCGAAGCACGAUUGGUAUGUCUGGAGAUGAGGCUGAGCACGCAUUGCCCAAGGUUGUCAGUGAGGGUGACUCUGCACCCCAGCAUGGCCCAGACUCGAAAUACAGAGAAAAGAUGGAGGCGCACUCACUUCUCAUCAAGGCGAUGACGACAGCACAGCACACACAGGUCCAGUCUAGUGGAGAUCUACUUAAACUCGCCGACAAUCUUCACAAUUGGGCUUGCCACCUCGAAGAACAAGAACGCUGGCUCUACGGAGAGCAACUUCGCAUUGUUGAGCAACAGCAAGCCCUUACUAAUCAAUAUCUCGACUUCACUACCGGACACGUUGAGCGACUAAACAACGAGGCCGAACCACAAAAGACACCCGGACACGAGUUGGAUCCUUCCGAUACCGAGCAGCAGCUCAAGGGAACGAUUGUCAUUUUGGAGAACAGCAUCGAAACGUUGAUAUCCGAGCUGCAGAUUGAGAAGGUUUUUCGUUAGGCUGCCGAGCAAAAACUGCAAGCAAAAGAGAAUACGAUCAACACGGCUGCUGGCGAUUCAGUAAAGUCUACAGCUUGAAGAGCGAUAUUGCAAGGAAC